CGCGACCUUGCUGUGCCACUCCUCCACUCGACAACCUCUUCCACUGAGUGACCUCGUGCACCGCAGCGGGCGGUGAAGCGGCACCGGGCAGGCAAGUUCGGCGUGGCAAGUCUGGGGCAGCAGGCGGUUGUUCUCACUGAUUGAGCGAGGAUGCCGCUUCGUCUGGAGAUCAAGCGGGAACUCGCCCAGCGUUCCGAUCGCGUAAAGAGCGUCGACCUCCAUCCAUCGGAGCCAUGGAUUUUGGCAAGUCUUUACAAUGGCAACGUGUAUUUGUGGAACUACCAAACCCAGACCUUGGUCAAGUCCUUUGAGGUCACGGACCUCCCAGUCCGUUCGUCCAAGUUCAUCGCCAGGAAGGAGUGGGUUAUUGCCGGCUCGGACGACAUGUUUAUCCGAGUCUAUAAUUACAACACCUCGGACAAAGUCAAGACCUUUGAGGCUCACACGGACUACAUUCGAUGUGUUGCCGUGCACCCCACGUUGCCCUAUGUGCUGUCAUCCUCGGAUGACAUGCUGAUCAAGUUAUGGGACUGGGACAGGGGGUGGAUGUGCACGCAGAUCUUCGAGGGGCAUGCCCAUUACGUCAUGCAGGUGGUCUUCAACCCGAAGGACACCAACACCUUCGCCUCGGCCUCGUUGGACCGAACCAUCAAGGUCUGGAGUCUGGGCAAUUCCGAUCCCAACUUCACGCUCGAGGGCCACGAAAAGGGUGUCAAUUGUCUGGACUACUUCGGUGGUGGCGAUCGACCGCACCUGAUCUCGGGCGCCGACGACAAGCUUGUCAAAGUGUGGGAUUACCAGACCAAGAGUUGCGUGCAGACGCUCGAAGGCCACUCGCACAACGUUUCUGCUGUCUGCUUCCAUCCGGAGCUGCCUGUCAUCAUCACUGGCUCGGAGGAUGGCACUUUACGCGUGUGGCACGCCUCCACUUACAGGCUGGAGAACACCCUGAACUAUGGCCUUGAGCGUGUCUGGACCAUCGGUGCCCUCAAGGGGUGUAAUAAGGUUGCCAUUGGCUACGAUGAAGGCACGGUGAUGAUAAGGAUGGGGAGGGAGGAACCCGUGGCCAGCAUGGAUGGUAGUGGUAAGGUGGUGUGGGCGAAGCACAACGAGAUACAGACUGUCAACAUCAAGUCUGUCGGCGCAGAGGUGGAGAUGAACGACGGGGAACGAUUGCCUCUGGCAGUGAAAGAGCUCGGGAGCUGCGAUCUCUACCCGCAGAGCCUCAAGCAUAACCCCAACGGACGAUUUGUCGUUGUCUGCGGGGACGGGGAGUACAUCAUUUACACUGCGCUUGCCUGGAGGAAUCGGUCCUUUGGCUCGGCGCUGGACUUUGUCUGGUCGACGGAGGGUGAGUACGCCGUGCGGGAGAGCACGUCGAAGAUCAGGAUCUUCAGCAAGUCCUUUCAGGAACGGAAGAGCAUGCGGCCCACCUUUUCUGCCGAGGGCCUCUUUGGCGGUGCCCUGCUGGCUGUCAGAUCGAACGAUUUUGUCUGCUUCUACGACUGGUCGGAGUGCCGGGUGGUCCGCCGCAUCGACGUUGCUGUGAAGAACAUUCUGUGGGCGGACAACGAGGAGCUGUUGACCAUUAUUUGUGAUGACAGCUUCUUCAUCUUGAAGUUCCAUCGGGACGUGGUCACUGCACACUUGGACUCGGGAAAGACGGUGGACGAGGACGGAAUCGAGGAUGCCUUCGAGCUCCUACAUGAGGUGCCUGAGCGAGUGAUCACUGGCGUCUGGGUCGGCGAUUGCUUCAUUUACAACAAUUCUCAGCUGCAUCUUAAUUACUGCGUGGGCGGAGAAGUGACGACCAUGUUCCACCUGGACCGGCCGAUGUACCUCCUUGGGUACCUGUCGAGUCACAGCAGAGUGUUUCUCAUCGACAAGGAAUUCAACGUCGUGAGCUACACACUUUUGUUGAGCUUGAUCCAGUACAAGACGCUUGUUCUUCGGGGUGACCUGGAGGGCGCCGCCGCAGUUCUGCCCACGAUACCCAAGUCCAACUGGAACAGCGUGGCGCGGUUUCUGGAGGCGCGGGAGCUGCUCGAGGAUGCUCUGCAGAUUGCAACGGACCCUGACUACAAGUUUGAUCUGGCGAUGCAGCUGGGCAACCUGGAUUGCGCACGCGAGAUUGCGGAGGAACUGAAAAGCGAGGCGAAAUGGAGACAGCUGGGAGAGCUGGCGAUGGCGGCGGGGAAGUUUGAGGUCGCACAGAAAUGCCUGCGCCAUGCGGUCGACUUAAGCGGCCUGCUGUUGCUGGCGACGGCAAUAGGGAAUGCCAAGGACAUGGAGGAGCUUGCACGGACUGCGAAAGAGCAGGGAAAGAGCAACAUAGCUUUUAUGAGCUUGUUCCUGUUGGGCAGAGUGGAGGAUUGUGUCAAGCUUUUGUGUGCAAGUGGCCGCAUUCCGGAGGCGGCUUUUAUGGCCAGAACGUAUGCUCCCAGCAUGGUGUCUGAGGUUGUCCAUCUGUGGCACAACGAUCUUAGCAAGGUGAAUCAGAAAGCGGCGGAAUCGCUUGCCGAUCCUGGAGAGUACCCAAAUCUUUUUCCCAAUUUUGAGUGGGCCUUGAAAGCGCAGGAGCAUUUCAAAUUGUCCUCUCUGGAUCUACCUCAUGCUUCUGCAUAUCUGGAGCUGGCAGACAGUAUGCUACGUGACCCUAUCGCCCAGAUUAGGGCGGAACUCGAAAAUGCAGCAGGACUGGCAGAAAACGGCCAUGAUGAGCAGGAAGAGCGUGAGGGGCAAGCGCACGGAGGGGAAGACCUCGAGGGUCCGUAUGUAACUCAAAAAGGGUACCUUGGGGAGGACGACUAUGAAAAUGUGGACAAUGGAGAGGGUGUAGUUGUUACAAGUCCAGUGGAAGAUGAAUCCUAAUCCCUGUGAAGCCUGUCCUGAUCGUGCGAAAAAGGCAGCGUGAUUUUUCUUUUCCAAUAUUAUUCUUUUGCUCUUUUGUUUUUGCCCGUCGCCUCCCCUCCCAUUCUCGGUGCCUGCAUUAUUAGGGGUUUUAUUGCUAUUCACUGCUGGUUUCUAUUUGACGUAGACAGACGUUGGUAGGCUGCCAUUUUUGUGAACACACCUCAAAAUCUUCUGGCCAAUUCUAGUCGCGUUGUUUUGACCUUUUGUGUGUUUGGCUACCGCCAAGGAAGAGGUUUGGAGAAGUUUGGUUUGCGCGCCGUUGAGAGGUUCAGUACUAGUACGGCAAACAGUAAAAGUUAUGAAAAACUAUUAGCAUGGGUAAUGCUUACUCUGCUGUAGAUCUCUCCUGGGCUUUCUGGGGCAUGCCACUAAAAGGCAACUUAGUAGUCUGUCUCUGCCCUGCCCUGCUUUGCUUCUCCCCGCCAUGUGCUGGGUCUCUGCCAUUUACUGCCCCUCUCCUUCACACUCUGCCUCUCCGCCGUUGUCCACCUUGAGGAGGAGGGUGCUGUUGUGCGGCAGCAGCCUCCUUGCCCCUCCCUCCCCUUUUCUCUCCCUGCCUCAAACGUGUUGAGUCCAGACGGAUAUACAGUUACCUGCAUGUCCCUCCCAAAUCAUUUGUGAUAAGAAUAAGUUGUCCCUACCCCUUCCGUUUGGAAUAGGACAAGUGCUGUGUCUGAGCGCAUAAUCCGACAGUCGAACAAAAAAGGCCACAACGCCGCCACAUUAUUAUAGUCAUUGCUAUGUCUGAAGCAUUGGGGCAUUUGUGGUCCCUGCCAAACCUAUUCUCUCUCUUUCGCUUUUAUGGCGUCUUUGUUAUUCCGUACAAACACAGAUGUUGGACUGUCAGUGGGAUCCGCAGGCAAUCGGGCUUCUUCUCCAAGUGUGUGAAGUAACUCGUGGCGGCAAGUCCUGGGCAGGUGGACGAUACGGAAUAUGGGGCCUCCCUUCCCAGGCUUCACACACUUUUUGAGAUUAUUCGAUCAUUUAUUGUCUUCUUCUGAUCUUUGCCACAUCUCGGUGGCGAUCUGGGCCUUUCGAUGGCAGGGCCUGGUGCCGCGCCAUGGGGCAGGAGAUUAGGUGUAUGUCUGAAGUCCUGAGGCCUCCCUACCCAGUGUUCUUGAUCUUGGCAGAAUAUCCGAGGGUCGAUCGGACGGCUGUCAGCUGAUAUGGCCAGAGGCCAGCCAGAAGGAUAUGACGUCGUCGUUUCUCAUCUGCUCUUGAAAUCCUUUUUUUUUUUGGUUGACCUUCUUUGACGCCUUGCAUUUGUAGAGAACGGUGGUGAAGAUUCUGUUUGUUGUGACGGCUGUAUGGAUCUGUAAUAAGAAAUGGGCCAAGUUCAGUCGGUACGCCGAUGGUCUGUUUGAAAUGCAGACCUGGGGUUCGAGUCCAGCUGGAACUAGAUGAAUGAAAUGCAAUGAUUGAAAUUCUCAAUUGCCCGAAAGAAAAAGGGCGCCGUCCUUGGAGUGACAAGUGCGGUCUUCUUGUUGUGGAGCUUGGGGCCUAGUUCUUUUUCGGUCCUCAGCUGUGAGUUCCCUGAGCACCCAUUGCAUGCGGACAGUGGAAAGUAUUGCAUGCGGACAGUGGAAAGUAAGUCUGAAUGCUCUGUAGGCAUUGCAUAGGGACUGGAAGUAUUUUUUCUUGGUUUGCCUGAUGGUCAUAGACAGGACGGGCCCAUGAGCGCAUGUGCUCGACACAGCAGUGUGGUCUGUCAGCGCAGUGGAAGGAAAGCCUCACUAACUGCUCUGAAGGACGUACUUGGGUUUUCUUCUUGAUUUGCGUGAUGGUAAUCGAUUGGGUGGGGCGCUGCGGCACAUGUACCAGACAUCGGCCUGUUGCUGUUGCGGCGAAACCAACGUUGGGCUGAGCCUGAAGUUCCCAACUUGGGUCGUCGGAGUGUAGGGGAAUGUUCGGGCAACAAAAAGCUGCCUUAGGC